UCAUCAGGCACCAGGGAGGGGGUUGGUUGGAAUUUCAUGACAAUAUGAAGAUUUAAUCAAUUCAAAAUCUAUAGUGAUUUUUUUAAUCAAACGAACAUUUAAAAAACAAUUUUAAUGCUAGCCUGGUUGUGCAGAAAUAAGCAGCAGAGUUCUGUCAGUGUUAACUUACCUGAACUUCAGUGUUUUUGUUUUUUAUUUGCUAAGCUAUGAAAAUGGAGCUUGUCUUAGAAUAAAUAGAUUUAUUACAUCAGAGGAAACAUUUGGGAGUUCAUAUCCCCAUUAGUUUCUUAUCAGAAGAAAAAAAAAGAUACAGGUGGCCAUUCCCAACUGUUUCACUCCCACAGCUUUUGGAGCUGUCACGUCUGAUUAAGUGACAGCUCUCAAAGGUGUUUUUUUCUGCCUGAAACAGAAGAGCAGACAGGGAGAAAAGAAGUCAGAGCAAUGGAAAACUCCUUCUUGCAUAUGUUUCUUUUAGUUUUCCUCAGUGGUGUGUUCCUGUUAGGAUCUGGACAGAAAAACUCCUCAUCUGAAGAUACUAUCAAAGAGGAAAGGAAGCCUGUGCUUCUGGAAGAUAUCCCAAGUACUGCAGCCUUCAUUGAUGGAGCUGAGGUGGCAGUUGUUGGAUUCUUUGAGGAUUCAGGAAAACCCGAAGCCUUAGAGUUCCUUACCACGGUAAAAAAUAUACCAGAUAUACCAUUUGGGAUCUGCACCUGUUCUCAAGUUCUUUCUCACUAUAAUAUCACCCAAAAUACCAUCUCCCUCUUUCGUAUGGUGGAUAACAAAAGGCAAGAUUUGGAAAUCCAAGACGGUAACAAAGUUGAUGUUGCAAAAUUGAGUCGCUUUAUCAGGAUCAAUGAACUCCGUUGGGUGACUGAGUACAACCCUAUGACUGCAGUAGGCCUCUUUGAUAGUGCAGUUCAGACCCAUGUUCUUCUGUUCAGUGACAAGACUUCCUCACUGCAUAUUGAGAGAAUUAACAAGUACCGUGAAGCGGCAGUAGCCUUUCAAGGCAAGGCUCUGUUUAUCCUGGUGGACCUCAGCAUCAAGGAUAAUGAUCGAGUGCUGUCUUAUUUCCACUUGAAGAAGUCCCAACUACCUGCCCUGGCUGCCUACUACACUGCAGAUGAGGAGCAAGAUGUGCUGCUUCUGGAUGAAGUGUCUGUGGAGAGAAUAACCGAUUUUUGUAAUGCCUUCUUGCAGAGAAAGGAAGAAGAAAAAACCUCUAAACCAGAGGACAACCUCUUCAGAGAGGAACUCUGAUUUUUUUUCAGCUCUAUAACAGAAAUAUGACAACUUCAAUUACUGUAAUCAACAGCAACCUAGAAAAAUGUCUUCUCUGUAUGAGGUUCUCACUUAAAUCAGAUUAUGAUUCUGUUCUGGAAUCAAUUUCCAUAGAAGUGCUGACUGCUUUCUCAAACCCUGUGUUCUUUCAUUUUGAUGUUGGACAUAUUACACAAAUUUUGCAUUAUA